UUUCUCUGUAUUUCUCUUUCAUCAAUCAAUAAAUUUUUUUUUUUAAAUUACGUGUGUGGCAUAAAGUGAGAGAAGAUUUUUGAUGAUAUCUUUGGGCCUUUUUUGAUCUUCUACUAGACAUUAAAAACAGAUAGUUGAAUGAAUUCGUAUUCAGAUCUCUUUAGUGUAGUAGUCUGAGUGUUGUAUAAUUUAGAGCACUAUUUCUGUAUCUAGGAAGCUGAAUAUGGUGGGCAUGAUCAGAUAGAUUUGUAUGAUGAUGUCAUCUCUCCAUCCGCAAAUAAUGGAGAUGCCCCAGAAGACCGGGAUUACAUGGAUACUCUCCCACCAACCGUUGGUGAUGAUGUGGGUAAAGGAGCAGCACCAAAUGUUGUCUAUACAUAUACUGGAAAGAGAAUUGCGUUAUACAUUGGAAAUCUAACGUGGUGGACAACAGAUGAAGACUUAACUGAAGCAGUUCAUUCUUUGGGAGUAAAUGAUAUUUUGGAGAUAAAAUUUUUUGAAAAUCGGGCAAAUGGCCAAUCAAAGGGGUUUGCUCUUGUUGGUGUUGGAUCUGAAGCAUCCUCAAAAAAGUUAAUGGAUCUGUUGCCUAAAAGAGAACUUCAUGGUCAGAAUCCUGUUGUAACUCCAUGCAAUAAACAGUUCCUGAGUCAAUUUGAAAUGCAGUCCAGGAAAACUACACAAUCAGGACAAAUGUCUGGGGAAGGUAAAGCUGGUCCUCCAGGAGGCAGUUCACGUGCAGCAUUUCCACAAGGUGGUAGAGGACGGGGCCGUUUUCCAGGGGCUGUUCCUGGUGGGGACAGAUUUCCUGGGCCAGCAGGACCAGGAGGGCCACCCCCACCGUUUCCAGGAAAUUUGAUCAAGCAUCUUGUUAAAGGAACUCGGCCUUUGUUCCUGGAAACUAGGAUUCCAUGGCAUAUGGGGCACAGCAUAGAGGAAAUACCCAUUUUUGGCCUAAAAGCUGGACAGACUCCACCACGUCCACCCUUAGGUCCUCCAGGCCCACCUGGUCCACCAGGUCCUCCACCUCCUGGUCAGGUUCUGCCUCCUCCUUUAGCUGGGCCUCCUAAUCGAGGAGAUCGCCCUCCACCGCCAGUUCUUUUUCCUGGACAACCUUUUGGGCAGCCUCCUUUGGGUCCGCUGCCUCCUGGUCCUCCACCUCCAGUUCCUGGCUACGGCCCCCCUCCUGGUCCACCACCUCCACAACAGGGACCACCUCCACCUCCAGGCCCCUUUCCACCUCGCCCACCUGGUCCUCUUGGGCCACCCCUUACACUUGCUCCUCCUCCGCAUCUUCCUGGACCACCUCCAGGUGCUCCACCGCCAGCUCCACAUGUGAACCCGGCUUUCUUUCCUCCACCAACUAACAGCGGCAUGCCUACAUCAGAUAGUCGGGGUCCACCACCAACAGAUCCAUAUGGCCGACCUCCGCCAUAUGAUAGGGGUGACUAUGGGCCUCCUGGAAGGGAAAUGGAUACAGCAAGAACGCCAUUGAGUGAAGCUGAGUUUGAAGAAAUCAUGAAUAGAAAUAGGGCAAUCUCAAGCAGUGCUAUUUCAAGAGCUGUGUCUGAUGCUAGUGCUGGUGAUUAUGGGAGUGCUAUUGAGACAUUGGUAACUGCAAUUUCUUUAAUUAAACAAUCCAAAGUAUCUGCUGAUGAUCGUUGCAAAGUUCUUAUCAGCUCUUUGCAAGAUUGCCUUCAUGGAAUUGAAUCCAAGUCUUAUGGUUCUGGAUCAAGAAGACGUGAACGAUCAAGAGAGAGGGACCAUAGUAGAUCGCGAGAAAAGAGUCGGCGCCAUAAAUCCCGAAGUAGAGAUCGUCAUGAUGAUUAUUAUAGAGAGAGAAGCAGAGAACGAGAGAGACACCGGGACCGAGAUCGGGACCGAGACCGAGAGCGUGACCGAGAGCGCGAGUAUCGUCAUCGUUAGAAGGUGGGUAUUCCUUGUUCUUGUUGUAUUUAGUGUAUGCAUUAUUAAUGGUAAUUAUAACUCCGAGGCUAUUGUUUAUACAGUAUAUACCUACAUUUUAAAUGGUCCAACUACUUGUUCUGAAUUUAAUCUUCUGGAACCAUCUGAGACAAAUGACGGGUAAGUAAUGACAGGUAAAAAAAAAUUUGACCUCUAAGUAUUGUGUUGCUGUUACAACUUUUAGCUUUCAGAUUGUUAAGGGUCUUAAGAAAGCAAGAAAAUAAUCAAGAGGACUCAUUGUCUACUUCUAAAAUCUAUAAAUUGGAAUUCUCUUAUUCACAUAAUUUACAUGUGAUUUAAAAUAUAUAAUACAAGGAGUUAUUCCAUAUAUAUACAUACAUAUAAAAUGUGCUUGGACUUUAAAAAAUAAAUUUAAAGUUUCUCUCCUGGAACUAACUCUGUCCCUAAAACUUUUAAAAGUACAGGAUGGUUUCUCAACAUUGAAAGAGCUUUUCUACUUUUAAAAAAACAACUUGUAGUAAAGACACUUUUACUAGCAUCUGGUUUUUGUUUUUAAAAGAGAAAAAAAACGACAGCAUCCUUUAAUUCGCAAAGAAGAAAUGAAACUUACUCCAUAAAAUGGGUUCAGGGUAGUCCAUAUCUAAGAAUUUUUAAUUGUAUCAAAUUAUACAUCCCAGGUUAGAAUAACCUUGAAAUAAUUUUCUUUGAUGUUUCAUUCAUAACCAUAAUCAUUGUCUUUUUUUCUGUAUUUUAAAACUUUCUUGUGUACAUUUUUCAUAAAGUGGGAAGAGUUGUCUGUUUCUACUUCAUUUUCACGUGUAAUUUUAUUUUUAUAACUGUGAACAGCAUUUAUUCAUGUGAAAAGUGGGAGGGAGGAGGGCACUAUAAAGGCUGGUGCAUGUGACACAAAGGCUAUUCUGUAAACAAAUAUUUUUCCGUUAUAUGUUGGUGGCAUAUUCAGAUUAGACUAAAACAAACCCCUUGAGGUAACUACUCUUUACACAGUUAUUUCCCAUAGUCAUGGGAAACAUUGAAAAUUAAGUGAUGGUAAUUGUUAGUAUUUAAAUUGUUAUGGACAAAAUCGAAGAUUUUACCAAGUGUAUAAUUUAUGAUAGAAUAGCAGUUUCUUUAACUAUAAUAGACACAUUUUAACAAUUGAUAAUUUUUGGGGUAAUUUAGCAAAUAAGCAUGUAGGCCUUAUUUUUAUGGUACCCAAUACGCUAUUACAUUAUUUGCAGUUUUAAGGGCACUUUGAAGUGAAAAGGCCAGUUUUAAUACUCUUCCUUGCAUUUCAAAUAUGCAUUUUGAAUAUUUAUCAAAGUUUUAAUUUUAAAAUAGUCCUCUAUGUAUUGUAUUAUAGAACUUAAAUACUUCUCAAAACAUUUCUUUAAUAUGAUGCAAAAUAUCUUUCACUUUUAAAAUUAAUCUUAUUGAAAUCAAUACUGUUUUUCUGGAUAUGAGUAAAGAAUUGAAUGUUAUAUCAUGUAAACUUAAACAUUAAAUUUUAAAGAGACAGGUUUUUGUCCCCCUGGGUUGAAUAGAUGUGAUUUCAUCUUAUGAAAAACUUAUCAGUGUCCAUCAGUUGCUUUAGAUGAAUUGUGGCCAACUUAUUACUUGAAUGCUUAUCAGCCAUUUCAUUUAUAUAAUGGGGUACAGGACCUACAAGUCAUAUUUUUAUUUAGACUCUGUUAUCAACAAGAUUCUAUUUAUUGAAGGCAUGGUAAUAAAACUUGCAUAUAUUUUCAGUCAUCUCUUAAGAUUGGAUGUCUCCAUCAGGGGCUUCUGAGCCAGUUUGUACCCAAAAUUAAUUAAUGAGGUUUCUUACUGGUUCUAUUUAAAUUAACAUAGUCAGCCAAGUAACUCCUUAAAGUUCAUUGUUGAUUUUAAGUACUUUGAAUUAACUAACAUUACAUUUCAGUAAUGGGUACACCUAACUAUAUCAUGGCUUGAGUUUCUUUAGAUUCAGACAUUAACUAUGAAUUCCUAACUUGCAAACUAUUGUUGACAUUUUUCUUAAUCACUGAUGUGUACCAUACCAAAAUUUUCAUGUUUUGUUUGUACAUUAAUCAGAAUUGAGUUGUAAUAUUGUUAUGUGCCUUCAUCCAAGCAAAAAUUUUACAUAAGCAUUUCCAGUGCAAACACUUAUGUUAUUCUGGAAUAUUAUAUCUUUGCUAUAGCAAACUUAUUUAUUGAGGAUGAAUAAAGGGAUGGGGAAUGGGAUUAAAUAUAAUCAAGUGAAAAACUUUUAAAAAUAAACAGCUAUCUGCACAUUUAAUCACCUGAAUAAUAAGGUCUGUUGACCUUUUUAGAAGUUUUAAAAUAUGAGUCCUUUUGAGCUUUCAGGUAAAUCUUAAAUUGACCAAAUGGAGUAAGAGUAACUUGGAAGCUAAAGUGAAUGUCACUAAGUCUGUAUACAAAUAAAACAAUGUAAUCUAUUAAAGUGAAUGAUGAAUGGCUAAAAGAGCAAGUUCUUAAUUUAACUGGAAACAUAAUGAUGUUGGCAAGCUGUAAAUGUCUGUCCCAUCUUAAUUUUUUUUGUGUUUGAACUGUUGGUAAUGUUAAUUGCAUUCUCUCAUUUUAAAAAUGUAUUAGUUUUUAUUAAAACAUAUAAUAUCUAGGUUCAAAUAGAUAGUAUUUCAAUGGGAUAUCAGUAUUGUAAAUUUUUGGUAUGUAAAUACAUUGUGCUUUAUAUUCUGUAAUUUCUGCCUCUAUUCUCAGACCACUCUGAGCAAAACAAAAGUAUUUCAGUGUUUUAAGAUUGUACACUUAACAGAAAUAAUUUUGCUUUCAUAGUUGAGUUAUUUUCAUAUAGGUUGCAUUCCACUUAUUACUUGUUUGGAACAACCCUACUCAGUAAAUUCUGUUAAGUCACUUUCUCUUUGUGUACUGAAGAGUUGAAACCAAAUUAUUUUUUUUUAAAUACUCUUUAUUCAUCUCUCCCUUUCCCUGAUAAAUGAGGUUUUUUAUAUUCUCAAAUCAUUAUGCAUUUCUUUGAUAAAUUUAAGCAUCAUGUAUGGAAUAUGGAUUAAAUAACUAACUUUUUAUUGAAUGAUUACUUUUGCCAUAAAUAUUAUGAUCUUAGGUGUUACUGUACAAGAUUUAGGGUACUUUGCAUUUCUUACUCAGUUUAUAGUUUUUCAUUAAUUUGGGGAAAACAAAAGCCAAAACAAAAGGUUUUUUUAUGUUGUUUCAUCUUAAGAGUUAGUGUUACUUUGAGGCUUAUGUGAAAAUUAAAUUCUCUUUAAUUAUCUGAUGAAUGAUACUAGUGGUAAUUAGAUUUAAAAAUUAUUCUGCAACUCUUAGGUAAUCUGAGAUCUGCUUUGUAUUGUCCAGCUUUGUGUUUUCCCUUAUAUCCUAACUGCCUGCUUCUUCUGGCUCUCACUCUUAAUUUUCCUUGCUUUUAGUAUUAUUUGCAAAACUUGUCUGACUAGAUUACAUAGCUAUCUUAAUUGAAGUGCAGAAGGGUAGGAAGUGAUCCCUUGAAUGAAUGUAUAUAGUGUGUUUUUGCUCACUGUGGUUUAAGAAUAUGGUUGUUUACAAACAAUGUUCCCUCUUUUAAAAAAUUCCAUGCCAAUGUGAGUCACUUUGCUCUUUCACCAUCAUCUUAGUGUGAAGUUUAUUAUUAUUGUUCUAGUUUGUAAAUUAAAUUGUUCUGAAUGAAUAAUGUUUUGAAUGAAUAUUUAGUUAGCAUUGUUUAACAAAAGCCUAAUAACCAACAAGGCCUAGGUUUGCCUUAUAUGCUAUCCAAAUUUACUAAUGUUUUCUGUGGUAGCAUGUUUUAACUCUCAAAGUGAAUACUGAAUUACACAAGCAGCUUAUUUUGAAAUGUCCACUUCGUGAAAUUUUGAGGACAAAGCUGAGUUUUGUUUGACUGUGGUGAAGUUCAUUUUUAUUUAGUGAAAUGCCUAGAACAACAAUCAUGUAAAGGUUUUAUAGUGUAAUAAAAGGCUUUAGUUUAAAUGAGGUAAGUACUAACUCUAAAGAUAGUAAGACAAAAAUACAAAAUGUUUUGGUAGUAACAGGAUUUUUUUGUAAACAUCUACAGUAGACAGAAUUUUGUGCAAUAUAUACUAGUCAAUGCAGGAAGGAAUUUUGAUUUUUAAAAAGAUUUAACUUAUAUUUAGAUACUUCUGUUUCUUUUGCCCACCCUAUCUCUAUUCCUCUUGUUAAGGAGAAAUUUUGAGGUAAAAGAGAAUUUAAUUUCACUGAGUUAAUAAAAGUACAUCUCUAAAAUUAUAUUAGAAUUAUUAAAAUUCGAUAUAUUAAUGUAAAAAUCUAUAAAGAGCCAUAUCAAAUAUACAUUUGGAUCUUUUACUUGAAGGAUGAGUUUGCCAUGAGUUUGAGAUACUGAUGCUAACAAAUUUGCUUAGUUUCUAACAGAAACACUCAUGAUUAGUUACUAUUGAUUUAAUCUUACAUUAAUCUCAGCAUGCAGGUGUUUCUGUUCUGAAAUUAUAUUUAGUCUUCAUUUUACAGAUUUUAUUUAAGGAGCUGUAGGUUCCAUUUGUCAUCUUCAUUGUUUAAUAACUGUUAACAUAGAUCUUCCUUUUAUAACUGAUAGCUAAAGCAAGUAAUUGUGUGGCUUUGACAUGAAAAGAUUUGACCAAAUGGUAUUCUGAAAACAACAGCAUUGAAUGUAUUUGUCACUUUUAAGCUUCUUUUUGAUAUCUUUGUUUAUGUAGAUGUCUACUUAGAAAUUUGAAACUAUAAUAUGGAAUUGGAUUAUUGGAAAUGGGUUGUAUUGCCUUCAAAAUUGCUUUCGUUUGAGAUUGUAAAUUUUGUAUUUUCAAAUGGAUAACUGUAAAGUGUUUAGAAAUAGAAAUAAAAACUGUCAGAAUAUCCCCCAGAUUUUUAUGUCUGUAUGGUGAAAAUGAGAGGUUUAUUAAUAGUAAAGUUCUAACUAUAAAGUAUAAUCAUGCAAAAGAUGGGUGCAUUCGUCCUGGAUAAAGGUGUGUGUUGUAAUUUCACGAACAGGAUUUUCUACAUUAAAAGUAGUAAAAUUCUCCACUGGAGUGAUAAAUGAUAAAAAGUUGCAGUGUAUGUCACAUGAUUUUUGGAAGGGUUGGGUAUUUUUGUUUUGCUCACUGUGACUUUAAAUAAUUUUUCCCUCUUUAUGACUUAUCUCUCCCAGCAUAACAAAAAAUAUAGAUUUAUUUUUUAGUAAUCCGUUUUUUCAUAUUCCUUAUCUCUUUAAUACUGUGAUACUAGUUUUUAAAAGUGCAUUGCAAAUAAUAAAAUAAAACAUUAAAGCUGCCUUUCUAGAUUUUUUUAAUGAAAUAAUUCCACCAAAAGGUUCAACAACAAUAAAAUAAGGGUACAAUAACAGGUAACAUUAGAAAUGGUUUAAGUAUCUCUUUGAAAAACAUGGGCAAAUGGAAACUAUUUAAGAGAAAGUCCAGGAUUAUAACAUUGUUUUUUCCUUCUGCAGUUAUAAAAAUUUAGGUUUUUUACUGCUAGGCAAUGUGAAUGUAUAUUUGUACUGAUGCUCUUAGGAUUCUUAGAGCCUAGUGGAGAGGAAAGGACAUAAAGGAUAAAAUUUAUAGUUUGAUAGAAUAUUAAUUACUCAAUUGUAGAGCAAAAAUAUUUCUUAAUUUUAUGGCAAAAUGUCACUAAAUAUUGUGCUCUUUUACCUCUUACUACAUCAUCUUAUUAUUGAAAUACUCUCUUGGGAUUUAUAUUUUAAAUACGUGAUGUUUUAGUGAUCACUUAUCCAAGUUAAUUGAUUGUCUCUUUUGUGAAUCUCUACUUGAAGCUUGCACAAUUAUGUAUUCCAAAAAUUUUAGUUUAUCAAAUUUAUUGGGGGUUUUUUUCUUCAUGUGAGUUUUCAAUGAAAUUUAUCACUGUAGAUUCCUAUUUAGCUUGUUUUUGGUUAUUUUAUAUAUUACAUUAGAUAUUUAAAUAUAGGAGGAUUAGAGUGAAAGUAAAGUAAAUGUUUUAAAUUUGUAUUACGUCUGAAGAUUUGUACGUGGAUGUUAUAUUUAUUUAAAUGUGCAUACUGAGCUAUAUAUUUACAAAUUUUGUAACAUGGAGGACCUUUUGAUUGAUAACAUUUGCAGAAGUUCCUGUAUGCUGUCAAAUACAACUAAUUUGUAAAAUAACUUACUGCAUUUUAUAUUCAAUUCGAAUUUAAUUGUUAAUGCAUUCUAUAGAAUUUAUGUGUUUGAAUGAAAAAUAUUUACAUUAAAAUCAUUCAAGCAUUUUUAAAAUUUAUUUUUGUAGUGUGCAUACAUUAGAAAAUGACUUAUGUUUCCACCAUCACAGAAACAGUAGCUGCUGUAUUUUCACUUCUGUUUCAGUCAUUAAAUUUAUAAGGCAAUAAGGUCCAAGAAGAAUGAAAUCAGAAUGUCUGAAGUUUUAAUCAUCACAUAAAUUGGGAGCAUUUCUCCACCACAAAGGCAGCUACUGUUUCAGUUAAUUCUUUGUGUUAGAAUACGUAACAGUGAAAUAGAUGCACGACUUGUGUAUGUAUAGUUAAGCCAGCGUUUUUCUGUGUAUUAUGGGGAAUAGCAAAAUCUACAUCACAAAUUUUGACACAUUACAGCUGAAGGAAGAGGAACACCUUCCAAGACAAAACAGUCUUCAUGAGGGAAACAUGACGCUUGUCCAGCAGUUUGCUUCUUGUGAUUGAACUGAGCCUGUAAGGAUUCAUGGAUAAAAUGAACAGGAAUAGAUCUGAAUAAAGCAAAUCUGCAUAAAUGGUAACCAGUAGCUCUCCUUUUAUUUUUUAUGUUGCUUAACUGUUUUUAUUUGAGGAAAACCUGUGUGAUUUAAAAAGUUAUAGCUUUUGCAACUUUAUUACUGGUUAUAUACUUUUUGGCCAUUAUAAUGUGCAAGCAACUGAAAAAAUGUCAAGUAAAUGCUUGUUUUUAUAGUAGUUUGUUCUUGUUAAAAAUGUUCAUAUGAUAAUGUCUGUAAACAGCACCACUUUGAUUACAAUAGAUGUAGUGUUGUAAUAAACUGUUUAAUGGGGCUGAUGUGUAAAGCUGUUCAAGUUAUUUGAUGUUUACACCUCAGGGAAAGUCUUGUGUUUAGCAAUAUCUAAAGAUAAUGUUACUAUGACAUUUAUACUGUCCUUUAAAAAAGCGUUGCAAUAGCAUUUUUGGAUAUGCAUUAAUCUAAUCUUGCGGUCAGUGAAUUAAACAUACUAAUUAAGUGUCUGUUGCCCUUGGUUUUGAUAUUAGGAUAGGUGAUUACAUGGAUAUUUAAUAUUUCUAUAUUCUGCUUUUCUAGCUGUUUUUACCUAGUUAGCUUGUGAUUUUGCUGAAUGGUAUGUAAACCUGUAAAAAGUGACAUUUCACAACAAUUCAGGCAAUGUGUUAGGGGUCAAAACAAUUCUGUGGUUUUAACAUUUUAGUAAAAACCCAUACGUUAUUUGCUACAGUAAUGCAGCUUAAUCACAACACAGAUGUACUGAAAUGCUUAAUUGUAAACUGCUGGCAUUGAAGAAAUAUUUUGACACUUCCGACUUGAUGCGGCAGUUAUUUGUGGUUUUAUAUUGAUAGUGCUUAUGGUUAAUUUUUGAAGCCAUGGGCAGUGUAAAUACAGUCAUUCAGCAGAUUUGAGUAAAGAGAGCCUUAGUUUUAUUUUCCGGUUACUAUAUAGAUUUCUGAUGGGUGUGAUGUUUAUUAACGUCAGGUUGUAUUCUCCCGUGUGUGUAUUGGGAGGUUAUAGGUAUACUCUAUCUCCAUCGUUUAAGGAAUUCUGUGUAUUUUUAUGCAAACUAUUGAUUCAUGGUAGAGUUAAUCAAAGAUCUUUCCCCCAAACCUGCCUUGCAUAUAGGCCCCCAGUAUAAGCACUUGCCUAGCAUAUGUUCUUAAUUGCAAAAUUAGCAUAGGCAGUGUCACCUUGAUUAGACAUUUUAUAGGAAGGUUAUUUUGAAUCACUACAGAAAUUUGAACUAACAUCCUUAAGCAGGUUAUAAUUUGCUUUUAAUGUUUUUAAGAUCUGAUUAUCUUUGAGAGGUCUUCUGAUAAUACACAUUGGUUUUAAAAAGUAUCGCCAAAUUUUAGGACAAUGCUUGAAGUAUUUUUAGGUAUCCUAGAUAUUAUGUCAUGUGCAACUGUAAAAGCCUUCCAGAAAUUUGCACUGCAGUUCCUCACUUUCAUCUUGUGUGCUGUCACAGUAGUUCUUACAAAAUUAGCUGUUUCAAAUUAUUCAUAUUAUUAGUUUUAUUUUACAACAUUUCGUGAGAGUAUUUAUGCAUGGGAUCAUUGGUGUUUAUCAGAACUGUUUGCUUUCAAAAUUUUUAAAUGUUUUAUCUUGUUGAAAUGCAUUUGCCCUUUUAACAUUAUUUGAGGGUUGUAUCAAAAUUGAUUUUCUUGUUUUGUGUAUAGGUGUUCUAGUUUUUAUCAUUUUCUAGUUUUUGAUAUUUUAAUUACAAUGCCCAAUGCAAAGUAUGGACAUAAAUAUAUUGCAAAGGAAAUUAGUUAAUAGUAAGCUUAAAAGGUAAGUAAAUAUUCAGAGAAUAAAAAUUUCUCUGAAUGAUGUUAAAAUGGAAUCAUAAAAAUCCAACUGUGUUUGAACUUGAAGUGAAACUGGAAAUUUUAUGCUAAUUAAAUCCUUCAUUUACUUUCUCAAUUUUUAUCAGUGGAACCCUUUAAUUGCUCAUUCUAUGUCACUCUCUUCUCCCUACAUGGCUGAUCUCAUUACGUGACUUGUUACAGACAGUGUGAGUGUGCUAGAAUUGCUUGCUGCUAGUCCAAUAUUUUUAAGUGUUGUCAGAAGGAAAUAACUUCUUGGUUUGACCAGUUAAAUUUUACAGUCGUGUUCUACCUGAUAACACAUGAAUGUAUAGCUAUAAAGGUGAAAAUUGCAAUCCUUGUUUUAUUUAUAUCCCUUCUGUUGUCUAUGGGCUGAUAUGAUUUGAAAAAUACUUCUUUUUUUAAUGUAUUAAAAACAACCCAAAGAGAUAAGUCUUUAUUUACAUAGACACCAAAAAAAAAAAGAGAGAGAGAGAGAGUGAGCAAGUCCUGGAGACCUUUCGUUUUUUUCGUAGUAGUAAUUAUAGUGGAUAUGAAAACAAAUGUGAGUUUAAUUUUAAGCCAUAGCAUUUAUUGGUGCUAUGCAGUCACAUUCCUUUCAGUCAAUAAAGUUAUGUGUGAGUGAUAACAGCACCUGAAUGGUAUUGCUUCUUGAAGCAACACUUUGAAUUGAAACGCGCUGCCUUUAGUUUAGUUAGAGGACAUAUAUUGUGGAAAGAAUAUUCCAGUGUAAAUUUGGAAGUGUUUAUUUUGUCAGUUUUCAUAAGCAAGAUUUGGACUAAGUUGCAGUGGCUGGUGAUCAUAGUUUAGUUCAUUUAGUGUCCCGUUUACCUAGCAUAUUCUUAAGCAGUUAACUACAAUUUGGAGUUCAAGUAACUUAUGGAUUGUAGUUUAGGGUAUUAUUUUCAUUUAAUUCUCCUGUGGAGAACAUUGUUUUUUUUUACUAGUUUUUUAAGGUCAGUUCUUAAACACAGAGGUUUUAAUGAAUGUUGCAUAACAUUUUAUAAUGAAGGGAAAAUUGUUGGAAGGGUAAAGACUUUCCCUUACAUAUUUAAAUGUGCCAAUAACUAAAUACAUACUGUUUUAUACAAUGAGAUGCUACUAUAAGACUUUCUGUUGGAGUGCUCUCGACAUUUUGAUUUUUAUUAUCUGAAUGAUCAUUGCAUUUUCUGUGUCUUAUAAGAUGGGUCCAACUUUGUGUUUUAAGAUUCAGCUUGUUAUUUUAAGAGAAAGUUUAUGUUUGAUUCUUUACCGAGAAUACAGUAUUGAGAUUCUUGGCGUUUUACAGAUACCUGCCUUUUAAAUUUUAAUCCAUUAAGUUCAUUUGCAUCCCAUAGCCGUUUGUAAAUGUUUCCCACAGUUGUAUGUACUUAAAUGCACGUUUAUCCAUUGUACAUAUAUGACAUUUUUGUGCUAAAAUACAUUAAGUGGGAUUUUUGUAGCAAAGCAUUCUAUUUUUCUGUUCUUAAAGUGUGUGUGUGUGUUUGUUGUUUUUUUACAUUAAUCUUCAGUUUAAACACUGGUGUAUUUUUUUUUAGCGACUUGACUCUUAGAAGCCUUAGACUAAUUUUUUAAUAAAUAUUCAACCAAAAAUUAUAAAUUUAUUAAGAUGUGGCCUUACAUAUAGCAUUCCUUGUGUUAGUUAUGUGAGAUUUUUGAUUUAGAAAAAUCAGAGGAUUCAUGAUUAAAGUUUCAUUAAGUCGAAAUAGAAAAUGUGCUAAAAUGUCUAGGCUUCUGGGAGGAAGUUCUUAUACUCUUCUUUCUUGGCAUUAGAAAGAAGCAAUAUGAAUUUGAAUAUUCAAAAUAUUCAGGCAAUUGUAUGCUGUUCAGAUUAAUUUAGAUUUGUCUUAACCAAUGUUUCUUUAAAAUUUCAGGUGGUUGGCAUUUGCUGAGUGUGCAGCUACUAUGGUUUUUGUAUGGGAUGUAUAAACAUUUGGUUAGUACAGACAGGUUUUAAUGUUUUAAAGACUUCCUGCUAUAUUAACAUUGUAAUGGGAGUCUUUUAAAAUAUUAGGUAGAAUUUAUUUGAAGUCACACAAAUUUUAAAUUGGGUGUCUGCAGAUAGUAAAUACUACAGAGUGUUUUCCAUUCCAUAUGAGAGUAUCCUAAAACUCUGCCAUGGGUAUAAAUGUUUUACAUUAAUUUCAUACUUAGACCCUGCAUUCAGGAAAAAAAAACACACAAAAAAACACAUUUCAUUUUGAAGUUGUUUCUCUCUCUCGUUGCAUUGUUACUGCGUAACAUUUCUCAGCAUUUUGUAACUUAUUUUAAAAUACAGUGGUGAAUUCAUGUUUAUUUUUUUUUUAUGUUGAAAAUUGAAGUACUCAGGUGGUAUUUAAUGGGAAAGGAUCCUUUGCGGUAAAUCAUAGUGUAUUCUAAGGAAUGCAUCUAUAACAUUGAUGACUUUAGCCUUAAAAAAGGUCUUAUUAUUCCUUCUUCCUCUUCAUCCCAUGGUAUAUUAGCAAAGUAGUUUACAGUCUUGUACAGCCUUACAAAGUUGUUUUACAAUUUUUGAUGGAAAGCCCUUAACAAAAAAAUUGUAUCAUAUUCCAGUAUCCAUGAAUUACUGAAUCACGGUUUGUAAACGAUUUGUCUAAUACCAGAAGGCCAAAGAAAGUCUUGAAAUUUUAGCUAUGGUGACUUCACACAGUAAGAUUCUGUGCAAAAGGUAAGGUGAUCAAAUGACAUAUUUUUGGUGUCCAUGAUAACUAGAUUUCCACAUUUGCUUCUAUUAGAAAGCUCAUUCCAUUUUAUUAAAAUGUUUGUAAUUGCAA